AUGCAAGCCAUGCAAGCCUUGCCAAGCACCGCCUCUUCCUCCAGCAAGGUCAAAACUCCGCGGGACAGCAAGAGGCGAGCAACGCACUCGCAGAUCGAACGAAGAAGGAGGGAAAAGAUCAACGAGUGUCUGAUCACGCUUUGUCAAGUCAUUCCAGCUUGCGUGAGGGAGGUGCAAGGAAGAAGAAGGGCUGCUGCUGCUGCUGCUCAUGGUGAUGAUGAUGAUGAUGAUGAUCGCAAUGCCUUGCAUCGAGGUGUUGCAGGUGCAGGUGCAGGUGCAGGUGCGGGUGCGGGUGCGGGUGCGAUGGAGAGUGGAGAAAAGGCAAAGAGGAAGAGGGUGCGCAAACGUAAAGAGGGAAAAAAGAAUGAUGACAACAAGGAGGAAGAGCUGGGUCUGCACAAGCUGGAAGUGCUGACGCACGCCAUUGGUGAGCUUGACGCAUGUACUUGGACGAAUGGGCAGGUAGGCAGACAGAGACCGACGGCGCGCUUCAAGUGCCCAGCCAGCCAGCCAAUCACUUUCACUGACCCAAUCCAUCGCCCAUCCUCGGCCUUCGGUGCAGACUACAUCUACGAGCUGCAAGCACGCAUCGCUGAGUUGGAGAGGAGAAUGA